AUGAAAGAAACAAUAGAUGAAGCGAGGAUACUAAAGGAUUGGGAAACGUGGAUGCAAGAAAAAGCAGCAAUUUUAAUUCGCCGAUCUGUCCGCCGUACGAAUAUCGCUCUCCAUAAGGAAAUUAACACGUUAGCAAUAAACGGGAAUACAAAAGGAACUGGAGAACAUCAUGAAGAACCAUAUUCUGAUCUUGAUUCGAGUGAAGAGGAACGAGAUGAAGUUGAAGAUUUUUUCAUGGGCAAGAGGGAUGAUGAUAAUGGUAACACCGAUGUUAGUGACAGUGGAUUUCUAGAGCGCAUAAAAGAAUGCCCAUUGACUUGUCAUCAGCAUGGAUCCUCAGUAGCGGUACAAAUGUUGGAGAAAAAUUGGAAAAUUACGUCAAAGGUCAUGAACAAUAUAGAUGUUAAUGAUGAUUCCGUUAAUCCCAGAACUUUUCUUUUCAUUUAUAAUCUCGCAUAUUGGAAUAUCCUCGACUUGAGUGAUAAUUCCCAAGUGAAAUAUCUCUUUUCGAUGAAUGACUGGGAAGAAAUGAUUGGAAGCUUCAAUAAUGAAGUAAAAUUGGUCGAAUCGGAUAUUUCGGAUGUAGUUGUGCCACAAAAAAAAGAUGAAAAAGAUAUAGUCAAUACGAUCGAUAGUCUAACUCCAGAUAUCAUCGAAAAGAAUCAAAACGUAAAGCUUAGCGACGCGGAAAUAGAUAUCAUUAGUAUUUUAAGACGUGCUGUCGUUACAUAUGGCGAGAAUCUGGAAAGAAUUGAACCUCCUGUUUCCGAGGCGGACUUCGAUACUUCCUUUCCAAAUAUAGCUCGUACUGGACAAAAGUGCGAUUUUAGAGGAAUCUUAAAAAGGAGUAUAAAUAGGCUUGAGGCUUUAAUAGGUCUCAGAAGCGGUGGACUCCCAGAAUCUCAUCAAAAAAAAAUUUACGUAGAUAAAAUCGAUCUUUGCGUAGCAAUGCGAGACGUUUUAUAUAUAUUUAUUAAAGAAAAUUCAAAUCACCUGGAUCUGAUGUUUCUAGCACUUAUGUUCUUGGAAUACAUUCGGUGGGUUCAUGAAAUAUAUGGAAUUGAUUGUAAAGCAACGAAUUUGCUACGGCUUGGAAUACUAAACCAUGCAAGGAUGCCUAACACUUUAAAAACACUAUCAAUUCUCGAAAGUUUUUAUGUACUAUUUACGGAUUUGCAGAUGACGUUGAAUACUAUUUGUGAACACACAAAUAAUAUCUCACUUGCACAUUCACGUGCACACAGAAAUCGAAAAAGAAAAAAUUCAGAACAAGUUACUUUGGCUAAAACAUCAACAGACCUCGGAAAGGGUCAUAAUCAUAAUGCUCAAGAACAUAAACAACAGCCGAUAACCGAACAGAAUGUCGUUUCAGCACUUUCUUCGGUAGAAACAACCAUUUGCGGAGCAGUUGCGGGAAUGGUAUCGAGAUUUGUUGCUUCUCCAUUAGAUGUUGUGAAAAUUCGUUUACAGCUUCAACCGGGAAGACCAAUUAAUCCUAUAAUGUUAGGAAAAUUGUCAAACCAGUCUACUUAUAAUUCUAACAGUGUUGCAAGGAAGUAUAAUGGAAUGUUUCACGCAAUUAAAUUAAUUGUUCGAGAAGAAGGCAUUCGGGGAUUAUGGAAGGGUAAUCUUGCUGCAGAAUAUUUAUAUUUGACAUACGGUGCUAUUCAAUUUUUAACUUAUCAACGAAUGCAAAAUUUUUUCAACCAUUUUUAUCUGAACGAACAUGGGAAACCUAUCUUAAAUGUAACAUUACAACCGUUUUUCAGUGGAGCUAUAUGUGGAACAACUGCAACUGUCGUUACAUAUCCUUUCGAUCUGUUAAGGACACGUUUAGCAGCACAGGGUGAAAAGAGGACAUAUACAGGAUUAAAUCAUGCGGUACAGCAAAUUUAUACAAAGGAGGGAUAUCGUGGGUUCUAUAGAGGAGUUACUGCGUCGGUUGUCCAAAUUAUUCCUUAUAUGGGAUUAAUGUUUGGAAGUUAUGAAUUCUUAAAAAAAUCAUUUAGAAAGAUGGAGGAUAAGAAUAUUUGGUUUCAUAAUUUAAGAGGUGCAGAAGAUUUACUCAGCGGAGCAACUUCGGGAAUAGUGAGCAAAGCUGGUGUAUUUCCACUCGAUUUAAUAAGGAAAAGAUUACAAGUACAAGGUCCAAAUAGAACAAAUUAUGUUAUAUCAAAUGUCCCAUUAUAUUCUACUUCCAUUGUUGUUUGUAUUAGACAAAUAUUAAAACAUGAUGGAUUUUUUGGUUUAUAUAAAGGUCUUACACCUGCUUUAAUUAAAUCUGCUCCUGUUAGUGCCGUGACGUUUUUUGUUUAUGGACAAACAAAAAAGCUUAUAGAAAAAUUGCAUUCUCCAAAAGAUAUAUGA